AUGUUGCUCAAUAAACUGACUCAGCAGCUUGGACACCCUACACAGUCAUUGAUUGGCUGGCUGGUAAAAAGAUUUCUGGAGAAGAAAAAUUGGGUCUUAGAAGCAAAUGCAGCAAAGCUGGCACAGAUCCAGCCCAAUAACACAGUUUUGGAAGUGGGCUUUGGACCCGGUUUGGGGCUCCAGGAAGCUCUCCGUUACCUCACUGACUCUAAUGGUAAGCUGUAUGGACUUGACUACUCUGAAUACAUGUACAAAAUGGCCACUAGGCGACUCCAGGAGCAGAUAGCUUCAGGAAAAGUACAGCUUAUACUGGGCAGCGUGGAGGACAUCCCACUACCAGACUGCAGUGUGGACAGAGUGUUUCACUGCAAUUGUUACUACUUCUGGCCAGACCUCAAGAAGUGUUCUGCGGAACUGCACAGAGUGAUGAAAUCAGAAGGACUUAUGGUUGCCACCGUCAACUUGGCUUAUAUCAAAAAGAAUGUCUCCAAGGGAUUGUUGCAAGGGAAAACAUGGCAACCUGAAAUCUACAUGGAUGCUAUACUGGCCACUGGCUUCAAAGAUGUUCACAUAAAGGACAUGGAACAUAGAAACUUCAAGUAUAAGGCCAUUUUCGCUACUGCAUCCAAAUAA